CAAAUGGGUGCGGUGAUCUGUCGGCUAUUGCCAAAAUCAUGUAUCCUUUUGUCUUUUUUUCCUCUCCCAUUCCUCGUUCUCUCUCUUCUUUCGAUCGAUCUCCAGAUCUUCAAUCAAUUUUUGAUCCGGUUAGCUUACUUAAUCUUUUUUACUAUCAAAUCUGGACACCAUAAUUUUGAUUAUAUCAUCUUAAUUUUCCAAUUACAUUUCAAUUAAUCGCAAAAUUCCUUUUCAAUUUGCAUGUUUCUCAAACUUAUAGAUCUUGCAUAGUGUCAAAUUGUGGAAGUUUUGCAUUAAUUUUGUGAUAAUUAUGUGUUUUAGAUGCUGUGUUUGAAAGGAUUGAUCAAUGUGGCUUGGUUUCAUGCUGUAAUUGGGGAUAAUUAUUAUUGGAGCAGUUUGGGUAAGAAUUUGAACCUAACUUAGCUAAUUUGGGUUUAUUUAGAGGGUUAUUUAUUUUAUUUCAUAAGGAUUUGAUUCGAUGGUGUCACCUCCAUCUCCAAUGGAGGAUCAGACGGAUGAGGACUUUUUUGAUAAGUUGGUUGAUGAUGAGGUUGAUGGCGGUGUAUGUGAACCUAGUUUUUUGAAUAAUGAUGAGCAAGCGUUUGCGAAUUUAAGUAUCGAGGAAGUCGGCAUCACCACCACCGCCACUGCGGUAGAUAGCUUAGAUAAUGUAGAUAGGGUUGAAGGUGAUUGUAGUGUAAAGGGUGGGGAUGAUGAUGUUGUUUCAAGUACUGUAAAUGGUGGUAAGGUGGAAGAUUUUGGUGGUGGUGGCAUCACUCAAGUCUCAGAAGUAGUGCAUCAAGAGUCUAGUGAUUGUGGUGUGGUGGGGAAAAGCGAACCUGAUUCGAAGAUUUCUGACAUUGGUGCAAAGGCUGGUGUGGGGAUUAAAGAAGUGGAAUGGAGUUUGCUUAGUGGUGUUAAUCAAGAGGUUUUGUACUCGGAUUUCUUUGAUCAAAUUGGAGAUAAUUCAGAUGAUCCUUUUGGUGAAGUGACUGGUGGUUUUAUGGUUGCUCCAGGGAGUGUGGAUGGUGUUUCAUCUGAUCCAGUUAUUUGUUCAACUUCAUAUAGUGUGCAAAACAGAGAAGAUACACAGCAUGCUUCGUCUAUGGUUGCACCAGACUCUUUGGAUGGUGUUUCAUCUAAUCAAGUUACCUGUUCAAGUUCUUAUAGUCUUGAGCAAAAUGGAGAAGAUAUGCAGCAUGCUUCGAGUAUGGUUGCGUCAGGCACUUUGGAUGGUGUUUCAUCUAACCAUGUUUCUUGUUCGAGUUCAUACGGUCUUGGGCAAACUGGAGAAGAUAUGAAGCAUGUUUUGUCUACUGAAAGUGAAAAAGAGAUUCAAGACCAAAAUAGUGUCCAAUAUUGGGAGAGCCUAUAUCCAGGUUGGAAAUAUGACCCAAAUAGUGGACAGUGGUAUCAGGUGGAUGGUUCUGUUGCAACAGUUAAUCUCAUGGAGAAUAACAAUGCCAAUGUUCAGUCUACAUAUGAGGGAGCUGUUGCCAAUCCUACAUCUGAUGUUUAUCAUCUUCAGCAUACAGCUCAGUCGGCACGUGGGACUAUAUCCGAGGAAAGUACAGCAGGCACCUCAUCAUAUUGGAAUCAAGCAGCUUAUGGGAACACAGAGUAUCCUGCACACAUGGUGUUUGAUCCUCAGUAUCCUGGUUGGUACUAUGAUACGAUCGCACUAGAAUGGAGAUCAUUAGAGUCCUAUACUUCAUCAAUCAACCAGUCAACUAGCUUGGAUCAAAACAAACAAUUGUCCUAUGGGAGUCCUAGCACCGUUAAUUACUACCCUGAACAAAAUGUAACUUAUGAUCAGGGUGAACAAGUUCAUAACCAUUCUUAUCAAUCAGACCAGUCAGUGCAUUGGAGAGAUUCUGGGAAGGGCCCUUUGAAUACGGUACAACCUCGUAGGAACGAGGCUUUUAGUUCUACUGAAAACACACAAUAUGGAAAUGAAUUUAUACCGAAUGGUGCUGCCAGUUACAUAACAGACCGUAGAACAGAGGCUGCACCACAUGAGAAAUCAUUCUUAAACGAACAACCAAGACAGGUUUUUGAUAGCAGUAAUGGGUUUAACAGGUUUCAAGGCGUUGGUGAAACUGGCUUUCAAAACUUUGCUUCUGCUGAAAGUGAUCUGCAGCACAAUAAUCACUAUAAUGUAUUUGACCAGAAGUUCUCUGCUGCUGGCUUUAGUGGUACAAAUUUCCAUAAUUUUACGCCGCAGCCACCUCAAAAUGGUAAACUAUCUUAUUCUUCCAGUGGGGGAAGAUCAUCAGACGGGCGACCUCCACAUGCUCUUGUCUCUUUUGGAUUUGGCGGAAAACUCAUAGUCAUGAAGGAUCAGAGUAGUUUACACCCACAACCAGCAUAUGCAAGCCAGGUCUCGGCUGAAGGUGUGAUCAGUGUUCUCAAUGUGAUGGAAGUAGCCAUGCUGAAGAAUGAUGGUUCAGAUGUAGGAAUCGGUGGUUGUGAUUAUUUUCAUACCCUAUGCCAGCAAUCAUUCUCGGGCCCACUGGUUUCAGGCAACGUGGGAAGCAAAGAGUUGAAUAAAUGGGUUGAUGACAGAAUUGCAAAUAGCAAUGUCACAAAUGCAGAUUACAAGGAAGGCGAAGCUUUGAAUAUGCUUCUCUCUUUAUUGAAAAUAGCAUGUCAAUAUUAUGGGAAGCUACGAUCAGCUUUUGGGACUGACCAUGGUUCUAAGGAAAAUGACUGCCCAGAGUCAGCAUUGGCAAAGCUGUUUUCAUCCGCAAAGAGAAAUGGUACGCAGUUCAGUUCCGUCUCACAGUGCUUGCAAAACACGCCUUCUGAGGGACAAAUGCAGGCAACGGCCGAAGAGGUUCAAAUGCUUCUUGUCUCUGGUAGGAAAAUGGAGGCUCUUCAAUGUGCACAAAAUGGCCAUUUGUGGGGACCAGCUAUUGUUAUUGCCACUUUGCUCGGUGAACAGUUUUAUGGUGAAACCGUGAAGCAAAUGGCUCUUCACCAGUUGUUAGCUGGAUCUCCUCUAAGGACUUUGUGUCUCUUAAUUGCUGGACAUCCUGCUGAAGUAUUUUCUGAUUCCAUUUCAAGUAGCAUACAAAACGGAGUAAAUGCUCACUCAUCAGGGGUUGUGCCUGGUUGUAUGCUAGAGGACUGGGAAGAGAAUCUGGCUAUAAUAAGUGCUAACAGGACAAAAGGUGAUGAACUUGUAAUCACUCACCUUGGGGACUGUCUCUGGAGGGAGAGGGAUGAGGUUACGGCAGCUCAUACCUGUUACUUGGUUGCUGAAUCUAACAUCGAGUCAUAUUCAGAGAGCGCCAGACUUUGUCUUGUUGGUGCAAAUCAUUUGAAAUACCCAAGAACUUAUGCCAGUCCUCAGGCAAUUCAGAGAACAGAAUUAUAUGAAUAUGCAAAGGUGCUUGGAAAUUCCCAAUCUGUACUGUUGCCAUUUCAGCCAUAUAAGCUUUUAUAUGCUUGCAUGUUGGCAGAAGUUGGCAAAAUGUCAGAGUCUCUGAAAUACUGUCAAGCAGUGUUGAAGUCUUUGAAAACUGGUAGAUCACCAGAGGUUGAUGCAUGGAGACAUAUGGUAUCUUCUCUUGAAGAGCGUGUAAAAAUUCAUCAGCAGGGUGGGUAUGCGACCAAUUUUGCUCGAGCAAAACUGGGUAAAUGGUUCAACUUCUUUGAUAAUACUGCUCAACGGGUCGUUGGAGGCUUACCGCCACCUACACCUUCCACAUCACACAGUAAUGGUCAACACGGUGAGCAUGAUCAUCAAUCAAGGGCGCCACGGGUAUCUUCCAGUCAGUCCACAAUGACUAUGUCUUCGUUAAUGACUCCUGCAUCAGCAGAAGGCAGCAAUCGCAUGUCAAUGCAUAAUAGAAGCAUGUCGGAGCCUAACUUUGGUAGAGAACCCAGAAAGGAUGAAUCGCCAAAAUCAAGCUCAUCUAGUCCACGUGAUCAUACAUCACUCUCAGGCAGUCCCUCUCGCUUUGGCCGAUUUGGCUCGCAAAUUUUCCAGAAGACUGUUGGCUUGGUGCUAAGGUCACGCUCUGAACGUCAGGCCAAGCUGGGAGAGACAAAUAAGUUUUAUUAUGACGAAAAACUGAAGCGAUGGGUUGAGGAAGGUGCUGGACCUCAAGCUGAGGAAAUGACCUUGGCUCCACCUCCAACAAGUACAGCUUUCAUGAAUGGGAUGCAAAAUCAUGACAACAAAGAGGAAUCUGUUAGCACGUCGGGUUAUGCAAAUGGGCAACCUGAAUAUAAAUACACAAAUUAUAAUGGAAACAGUGCUUCUGAGUUACCACCUAUUCCAUCUGUUUCGAACCAUUUUUCAGCUCGUGGGAGAAUGGGUGUUCGUGCAAGGUAUGUUGAUACGUUCAACAAAGGUGGAGGAACUCCAACAAACUCAUUCCAAUCACCAACACCGCUAAUUCCAGCUAUAAAACCUGUUGCUGGUAAUCCCAACUUUUUCAUCCCAACUCCAAUUCCCGGAGGACAAAUAACUGACAGUACCCAAACCCAAAGCACACAACAAAAUGUUGUCACAGAUGACGGUACAACCUCAUCUAGUGGUCAUAAUUCUUUGUCAUCUCCUCAAAUGUUUUCUCCACCAUCAACAAUCCACAGACAUCCAAGCAUGGACAAGGGAAUGGGAAGCAUGAUAAAUAGCAAUGCUUCCUUAACUCCAAAUUCGAGGCGGACAUUAUCAUGGGGGGGAAGCCUUGAAUUGUCAAAUCAUACUGGCAUGGGUGAAUCAAGAUCUCCAGGGGCACCGGAUUUUCGGCCAUCUACCUAGUAUUCACUUGAGAUUUUACUGAUGUGAUAGAAGACCUUCAAAGUUCGAAGUGCUGAGCUUCAAAUUGAUGUGGUAAAAACUUGUAUAUUCCAUGUAAAAUAUGGCAGUUCGUUCCAUUUUUGUCCUCGGUGGAAGUGGUGAGCAAGAUAAAGCAUGUGAACUAGAUUCAGGUCGGAUGAGCCUGCAAGAUAAAGCAUGUGAACUAGAUUCAGGUCGGAUAAAGCAAGCUAACUUCAGAGGAGGUAUGGGUUUGGGUUUCAGAAACAGAUUAUGCAAAUCUUGUUGUAGCUGCCGAGAUCUUGGGACGGGGGGAUUUGGAUUGUUGUACAGAUAGAUAAAUUCGUUGAUUUAUUGGAAAAGAUCCUCGAGGAAGAUGAAUUAGGUGUCCAAUUCCUGGGGAAAUUCCACUGAAGAGAAAUUACAUAUUCCAUAGAGAUAUACAGUGAGUAUUUGUUACUAUUUUGUAUGGAUUUAGUCUCCCCCAUUUUGUUACAUCACACGCAUACGCGAUACACGUAAUGAGUGGCGUCUCCUUGCUCAACAGUGCUCACUAAAGUAAUUCUGAGAAGGCUUUCAUCAUUAUUUUA